ACGACCGACUAUGCGACGACUUUCAAGAGCCUUCUCCCGAGCCAAGGAGACCGAUAAGGAAAAGAAGAAGCAAAAGCAACCACGAUCAGUUCCACCGAUAGUCCAUCGCCGCCACCUCCAACUUACGAAGAAGCUGAACGAGCACAACACACACGCCUCAGAUGCAGCAAACAGCUUUGCGCGAUUGGACCCAGAAUUGCCAAGCCCUGAGGAUGGGAUAGCACAUCUCAAGCUGCUCGAAUGCUUCUAUCGCCUGAAGCAGAAGAUCGCCAGUACCGAUGGUCUUUUCGACAUAUCUUCCCACUGUCUUGGAGAAAUCGAUCAGAAUACACCACCAAAGGAUGCCCACAAUGACAAGAACACCACGAUGUUGACUCUCCUUGCGGAGAAGAGAUGGCAAGUCUACGUCUCUCGAGCAGUAGAUCGCUUUGCAAAGUGGAGGUAUUCUCUGGAGCCCGACACCGACUAUUAUACCCUCCAUCAAGCUGUCACUUAUGAAGGUGAUGUUUUGGCCGAUCGUGUGAAACCUGAGAAGGCCAACCCAUUCUCCUUCGAGGCUGCAAAUCUACCACCCAUUGGUAAGCUGAAUGACCAUCCCUUAAAGGAGAGACAUGCUAAACCUUGGACAGAUAUCUUGAUGGUGUGGCAUUCAUACAUGUUAAAUCCGAGGGCUUACCUGGAAGACUGCGCACGUGAGGGUCGGAUGCGUUUAUGGCACACGCCAUUUCCAUUGCAGGUAGUGGCCAGCCACAUCAGAGAUCCUGAUUAUUGCUUCAAUACAGCGAAACAAGCAAUGACUAGCUUCCGAGAACAAACUGGACUCGACUGGGACAACUUGAAUGGUUCGCACAACACAAGCAUAGACUGUCACAGCUGCGGUGCUCAGAAUACUGCUCCGUGGACUACUUUCGGAGAUGUGUUUGCAGAAGCCGAAAAACUUCCACGCUGGGCAGGUCAGAAUAAAGUUGUUGACCUUCAAGCAAUUGAAAGCCGAGUCAGUGCCUGUCAAGGAUUUGCUGAUAAAGGAUUCACCUUGACGUGNUCAAAAUGCAACUCUCGGAUCACACACGAUUCUCUUUGUGUAGGCAAGCUCCGUAAAGACCUGAGACUGCUUCUCGAAAAAGGGGCUCUCUUGCCUGGGAACAUCUUGGGCAGAUUUGGUCUACCAUCGAAAGUUGGCGGCGUUGUGGACGUCUACGGCUGGUCUUACUCUACAUUCCCGAGCAAAUUGAUGAAUAUUGGAAUGGGACAACGAAUCCUCGAGCUAAGGGGUUCCGACAUGCAGAUGGCUAGUGUGCGCGAAGUCGUCGAGCACUAUCUCACCAUCGAAGAACUGGUCAAGGAAGCAAAGCAUGACAGAAACAGCUCUCGCCUCAACGCUAAAGAGUCUAUUGCCCUUCGUCGGAUGAUGUCGAGAUACUGGGAGAAUUCGUCAGUCUUUGCCAUCGACCUUGUUGGUGCCGUCAUUCGCCAGGGCUCUUUCAUCGAGAAGAUGCACGACAUUGACUGGCUUCAUUCGCCUGCGCUUUCCCAUACCAUACCUCGCCUAAUCCACAAAUAUUCACGAUUUAUCAUUAUCAUCUCCAGGUACAGCAAGAUGGCCGUGCCAACCUUAGAUGUGGACCUAGCAUGGCACACCCACCAGCUUAGUCCUUCACGCUAUCUGCAAUACACUGUUGUUAAGAGCAAGACCUUCAUCGACCAUGAUGACAAAGUAGCAGAAACCAAGCUCACAGAUGGGUUUGCCGAGACCAGCAAAAUGUAUCAGAAGCUGUAUGGAGAGCCAUAUUCGGAAUGCACAUGCUGGUACUGUGAGGCGGUGCGUGAGUCUCAUGCUUCUACAGCAUCACGCCUAUUCCGCAGUACCAACGGCACCGCUGCAGACAAACUUCACUCCGUGCCCUCUGACCCUAAAAGGUCAGUCCACAUCUCCACUCACAACGCCGUACGACCAAUGGGCGACCAAGGCUACGACGAAGGAGUGAAUAGACGUAUCGGCGAGCUUGAGAAAGCAUACGAAAAGGCCUGCAAGCGUGCCGAUAAGAAAGGCAAGCCACAUCCCAAGAGAGAUGACUACUACUACUCCNNGGAGUCAUAUGGUCAUGCCGUCUUUAUACCCAUGUAUGCUCCGUAUUAUGGUGCCAUGCCGUACACACCGAUGAUGUACCCUGUCAACCCUGGUUGUAUGGCACUGGGAAUUGGUGCGCCAGGCAACUGCUGCGCAGGUACUUGCGGUGCGGCGGCGGCUGCAGGAGGUUCUUGUUCGGGCGUUGGAUCAUGUGGAAGUCUGGGAGGGUGCGCUGGUAUUAGUAACGGUGGCUGUGGUUCAUCAGGCGCUUGUUCUGGCGGAGGAGGAGCGGCAUGCGGAGGUGGAGGUGGCGGUGGUGCCGGGUGUGGAGGCGGUGGUGGUGGAGGAUGU